ACGGUUGGCCUUCUCUCUGGGAACACACCCUAGGUCAACAGGGGAAAUCCAGCAAGGCGCUCUGCAAUCUCUGAUCCAGACCUUCCAAGUGGAAGAAAGGUGGCACCAGAGUCCCUGCCUGUUUCUACACCAUUGCAAACAUGCCUCCUCAGCUGCAUAAUGGUCUGGACUUCUCUGCCAAGGUCAUCCAGGGCAGCCUGGACAGCCUGCCCCAGGCAGUGAGGAAGUUCGUGGAAGGCAAUGCUCAGCUGUGCCAGCCGGAGUAUAUCCACAUCUGCGACGGCUCGGAGGAGGAGUAUGGGCAGUUGCUGGCCCACAUGCAGGAGGAAGGUGUCAUCCGCAAGCUGAAGAAAUAUGACAACUGUUGGCUGGCUCUCACUGACCCCAGGGAUGUGGCCAGGAUCGAAAGCAAGACGGUCAUCGUCACCCAGGAGCAGAGAGACACAGUGCCCAUCCCCAAAAGUGGCCUCAGCCAGCUGGGCCGCUGGAUGUCGGAAGAGGACUUCGAGAAAGCAUUCAACGCCAGGUUCCCGGGGUGCAUGAAAGGACGCACCAUGUAUGUCAUCCCAUUCAGCAUGGGGCCUCUGGGAUCGCCGCUGGCCAAGACUGGUAUUGAACUGACAGACUCGCCCUAUGUGGUGGCUAGCAUGCGGAUCAUGACGCGGAUGGGGAUAUCUGUGCUGGAGGCCCUAGGCAACGGGGAGUUUAUCAAGUGCCUCCACUCCGUGGGGUGCCCUCUCCCCCUAAAAAAGCCUUUGGUCAACAACUGGGCCUGCAACCCUGAGUUGACGCUGAUCGCCCACCUCCCGGACCGCAGAGAGAUCAUCUCCUUUGGAAGUGGAUAUGGUGGGAACUCACUACUCGGGAAGAAAUGCUUUGCGCUGCGGAUCGCUAGCCGGCUGGCUAAGGAGGAAGGGUGGCUGGCGGAGCACAUGCUGAUCCUGGGCAUAACUAACCCCGAAGGCAAGAAGAAAUACCUGGCCGCAGCCUUCCCUAGUGCCUGCGGGAAGACCAACUUGGCCAUGAUGAACCCCAGCCUCCCCGGGUGGAAAGUCGAAUGUGUGGGUGAUGACAUCGCCUGGAUGAAGUUUGAUGCCCAAGGCAACUUAAGGGCUAUCAACCCAGAAAAUGGUUUUUUUGGAGUUGCUCCUGGCACCUCAGUGAAAACAAAUCCAAAUGCCAUUAAGACCAUCCAGAAAAACACCAUCUUCACCAAUGUGGCUGAGACUAGUGAUGGCGGUGUUUACUGGGAAGGCAUCGACGAGCCACUGGCCCCCGGGGUCACCAUCACCUCCUGGAAGAACAAGGAGUGGAGACCACAGGAUGAGGAACCAUGUGCCCAUCCCAACUCUCGAUUCUGCACCCCUGCCAGCCAGUGCCCCAUUAUUGACCCUGCCUGGGAAUCUCCGGAAGGAGUACCCAUCGAGGGCAUCAUCUUUGGUGGCCGGAGACCUGCAGGUGUACCCCUCGUCUAUGAAGCCCUCAGCUGGCAGCACGGGGUGUUUGUUGGAGCGGCCAUGAGAUCAGAGGCCACGGCGGCUGCAGAACACAAGGGCAAGGUCAUCAUGCAUGACCCCUUUGCUAUGCGGCCCUUCUUCGGCUACAACUUCGGCCAAUACCUGGCCCACUGGCUGAGCAUGGCCCACCGCCCAGCAGCCAAGUUACCCAAGAUCUUCCACGUCAACUGGUUCCGGAAGGACAAAGAUGGCAAGUUCCUCUGGCCAGGCUUUGGCGAGAACUCCCGUGUGCUGGAGUGGAUGUUCGGAAGGAUUGAGGGGGAGGAUAGUGCCAAGAUCACGCCCAUCGGCUACAUCCCUAAGGAAAACGCCCUGAACCUGAAAGGCCUGGGGGGCGUGAACAUGGAGGAGCUGUUCGGAAUCUCUAAGGAGUUCUGGGAGAAGGAGGUGGAGGAGAUCGACAGAUAUCUGGAGGACCAGGUCAACGCCGACCUCCCUUACGAAAUUGAGAGGGAGCUCAGAGCCCUGAAACAGAGAAUCAGCCAGAUGUAAAUCCCAAUGGGGGUGUCUCAAGAGUCACCCCUCCCCACCCAUAGCAUGCGCUGGGAGCUGGGAGAAAACCAGCCUGCCCCAGGUUGGAGAUAGUGGGCACAAUGCUGAGUAGAUCAGAAAAGCACCUUUUAAUAGUCAGUUGAGUAGCACAGAGAACAGGCUAGGGGCAAAUAAGAUUGGGAGGGGAAUCACCGCGUGUCUUCGGAAGUUUGUAUCUGACACCGAUGGGGGUUUUGGUUCCACUUCGAGGCCACUCAGGAAUCCAGUUCUUCACGUUAGCUGUAGCAGUUAGCUAAAAUGCACAGAAAACAUACUUGAGCUGUAUAUAUGUGUGUGAGCGUGUGAGCGUGUCUGUGAGAGAGCAUGUAUGUGUAUGUGUGUGUACAUGCCUGUCUGUCCCAUUGUCUACAAAGUAUUUAAAACCUUUAGGGGGGAAAAAUCUUGGGCAAGUUUGUAGUUGUAACUAGAGAGUCAUGUUGCUUUGUUGCUAGUAUGUAUGUUUAAAUUAUUUUUAUACACUGCCCUUCCUUACCUUUCUUUACAUAAUUGAAAUAGGCAUCCUGACCACUUCUUGGGGAAAAAAAAUAUAAAAUAAACUUUUAUAGAAAAAGCA